GAACGAAUCAAAACCAACAACCAAAAACCAGACGGCGCCGCCCAACCAUCCUCCCGGCCGUCCACGGGCACACGCAAACGCAACCCCCUCAUCAAUCGACGACGCGUCGCUCACUUGGCACCGGGGCAACGUGUCGCCACAGGAGAGCAGGGGCCUAGCCGGAGCAAAGGCCGCCGCCGCCAUGGACUUCUACUACCAGCACCAGCCCGCGCCGGCGCCGGCGAGGACGACAAGGCCGUGGAGCAAGGAGGAGGACAAGGCGUUCGAGGCCGCGCUGGUGGCCUUCCCGGAGCAGGUCCCCGACCGCUGGGGCCGCGUCGCCGCGGGGCUGCCCGGCCGCACCCCGCAGGACGCCUGGGAGCACUACCAGGCGCUCGUCGCCGACGUCGACCUCAUCGAGCGCGGCGCCAUCGACAUCCCGACCUGCUGGGACGACGACGACGACGGCGAGGACAACCAGUCAGCCGGGGCCCCCGCCGCCAGCGCCGACCGCCGCGCCGGCAAGCCCCGCGGCGAGGAGCGCCGCCGCGGCAUACCCUGGUCGGAGGAGGAGCACAAGCUGUUCCUCGACGGGCUGGAGAAGUACGGGCGGGGCGACUGGCGGAACAUCUCGCGCUUCGCGGUCAGGACGCGGACGCCCACGCAGGUGGCCAGCCACGCGCAGAAGUACUUCAUCCGCCAGGCCAACGCCGCCACCAGGGACUCCAAGCGCAAGAGCAUCCACGACAUCACAACGCCUUGACCGGCGGCCGACGGCGACCCACUCCCUUGUUUAAUCGCCCACUAGCUCACUGCCGUAAUCUUAUCCUAUGUGGUGUAGCUACUUAUAAAUGACGUGUACAUUAUAUCCUACUCCAAGCUUAGUUAGCUUAACAAGAACUCUCCGUAGUAGUAUCUGUCUCGGUCAACUGUGGCUGGCUCAUGGAUCUGCCCAGCUAAUGGUUUAGUCUAAAUUAUCAUCGUUUACUAGGUUGCAAAUUAAGAACUGCUAAUGGAGUUUGACGUGGCACGAAGUCGUGUCAAAGUUUUA